AUGGCGAGUCAAAAGAUAGCAACCCUAGUGUUGGUUUUGGGCUUGUUGAUCAUGCCUUUUUCCAUUGCCAGCUAUGCACAAAUCCCUUGUAACACAGUGUAUAAUGAUCUGUAUCCAUGUCUAGGUUUUGUGAUGGGUGGUGGAAAGGUUGACCCGGCUUGUUGCAGCGGGUUCAAGACGGUUCUCGGGUUGGCUAAGACCAAAACCGACCGUCAAGGCGUUUGUUCUUGCCUGAAAUCCUUGGUCUCGGAUGCAACCGAUGGCGAGAUCAAGAAUGCUGCUCAAAUCCCUAAGCUCUGCGGACUUAAUAUUCCAUACGUCAUUUCCCGCAAUAUUGACUGCUCCAAGUAA